UUCUAUUCUAUCUUCAAAUAUAGAAAGUGAGGGAUUUUUAGAAAUUUUAAGAAAUAGAGGAUGGAAAUAUUUUUUACUUGCAUUUAUUGAUGUUGAGGCUAAUUUUGUAUGCAAUGGUCUAUGCCUAUCAAUUUACUAACAUUACCGCCAUUCAAUUGUUGAAUUCUUUUACAAUACCUGCAGUUAUGCUACUUUCGUAUAUUUUUCUUUCUACACGUUACAAAAGUGGGCAAUUUGCAGCUGUCGCAAUUUGUCUUCUUGGCCUAGGCUUAACUAUCUACACUGAUUCAAUUCAUGAUAAAGGAUUAAAUAGUGGAACGAAUAAAUUUAUUGGAGAUUUUCUUUGUUUAAUUGGCACGUUUUUAUAUGCUGUGUCUAAUGUUUCAGAAGAAUGUUUAGUCAAGCAAUAUUCUCGGUAA